UGCCGCCCGUGCGUUGCGUUCGUUCGCGCCGCUCGAGUCGCUCCCGCGGGAUUCGGGAUUCUCUCUCCUCGCCGUUGCGCGCUAUCAUCGCGCUUCGUUAUCAGCCCUUCGCGAGCCCUUCAAUCGUCUCGCGAUUUAAGCGUCAUCCGAGCGUCACCAGAUUCGUCCGUCCGUUCCUCCUCCCUUUUGUGCGUGCGUUUGCGAAUAUUCUUCUUUUUUUUUGUCGUUCACGUGCGUUUCAAGAUUUCGCCCUCGUCCUCGAGAUUUCCCGCGUCUUUCACGGGCUUUCUCAUACUCGUGCUCGCGCGCCUCGUCGGCAGUUCGUCGAACGUAUCGGCGAUAUCCAGCACGUGAGGCUUACGCGCGCUUAUUUCGCGAACGGCGCGGAAAAAUCGAAAACGCGAGAGGAGUGAGAUUUCUCAUGAUGAAACGCAUUGUCGACGUUCGUUCGCGGAAGCAUCCACGGCAUCCGUGAAAGCCGGCGAUCGCGAAACUGAUCGACAGUCCGUCACCGCGCUGCCUUGCCUGGAUUUUUUUGCGGUUUAAUCUGACACGCUGCGUGAACAUCGAUCAGGCAGGAGAGGUGAGAACGCGGCUCGCGAGCAUGAAAGUGGAGGGCGGAGCGGCGACGGCGACGACGACGACGACGACGGUCCUCCACAAGGUCAAGGUUAAGGAAGAGACGAAGGAAUGCUGCGGCUAUCAGCAGACCUCGCCAUCGUCGACGUCGGCGGCCACCACCGCGACGGUCGCGACGCUCACCGUCUCCGCCGCGACGGCGAUCACCACCACCGUCACUAACAGCAACGGCGUCUCCAGCGUGGCCGCGAGUUCGUCGACGACCACCACGGUGGCCACCGUCGCGGCCGCUGCCCCCGCCCUACAAUCCUCCAGCAUUAUUUGCCAUCCGCCGACGACCGUUUCCGGCGCCGGGAAUACCGGCGACCCUUUCCCGGUCGACCUCGAUCUCAAGGCCAAGAACAAGGCAUCGUCGUCCGCGCCGCGAGAGAAAUCGCGGGAGGAAGCGGUCCAGCCCGAAGCGCACUCGCCCACCUCUCAACAGCAUCAAAGGAUCGGCGCGGCGCCUUUGACCGGUCAGCAGAAGCAGACGAACGGCUCUCGGACGGAGUACAAAGGUGCGUCCGGUUGCUCGAGGUCCUCCGACAACGACAGCCCUUUGCCCUCACAGUCGCUCAAGCCUGAGCUUGAAGAGGGACCCGGCGCUAAUGUCGGGCCCAACGCGUGCAGGCCAGACGAGCAGAGCGAUGGGGUCGCGUUGGCGAACGGCACGGCCAGAUGCGUCAGCAGCAUCUUCGCGGGGCACAGCAAGCUCAAGAGGCUGCUGGGCACCCUCGUGCAAUUCGCCACCGACAUCUCCACGGACACGGGCGACACGGUGCGCACGUUGGUGCUCGCGCUUCUGAGCGGCAGCAUGACCGCGGAGGAGUUUCACUCGGCGCUGCAGGAGGCGACCAACUUUCCGCUCCGUGGGUUUGUCCUGCCAUAUCUCAAGCACACUUUACCCUCCCUGCAGAGGGACCUAAGCAACGCGGCCAGAGCGAAUAACCAGAGCUGCGUGCAGUUCCUCCGGUCCAACGAGUCCGCCGUUCUGGAGGCCGUAGGAUUGGUCCCGUCCGGCGAGUCCGUCGAGGUCUUCGGCGAGCACGGGGCGAAUGGGAUCGGCGGCGGUAAUCAGUGCUCUGCUCAUUACACCAUGCGCUCGAAUUCUAAUCCCGGCGUUGGCGCCAUUCAGCACACGGCCAGCAACGCCGCGAGCGCGUUGCACCAUUAUCCUGGCGCCGCUCAUGCACCGAAACGCCGUGCCUCCGACACCCCGUAUUAUGAGAACGGAGCCCUCCUGGAUGACAUGCCGGUGUACGGCAAGAGGCCUACCAAUCCGUGGAGUCACCAUCAUCAGCAGCAACAACAGCAUCAGCAGCCGACGGACCCGUCAUAUUGCUGGUACCAUCCGCUGCACUCCUCGAGCGGAUCGAUUCAAGGUCACGCGCACGGCCACGGCCACGGGCCGAGCCCAGUGCCGCCUAGUCUCGUGCAGAUUAAUCAGAUAAACGCGUUUUCCGGGCCGCAUCACCUGACCCAACAGCCGCAGCAGCCGAUGGGCCACAGUCUGCAGACUCAGAACGGCGGUAGCCUCGACGACGAGUGGAAGAACAUCCACGUGAUGCUCAAUUGCAUCCUCGGCAUGGUCGAGAAGACGAAGAGAGCACUGGCGAUCCUUCAGCGACGAGGCUGCUCUAGUCCGGCAGCCGCGGCGCCUCCAUCAGGUGUGGUCGCGGCGCAGAAUGGUACCAGCAAUAACGGCAACAGCAACGGCAACAACCCCUCGUCGACCAACGGCGCGCAGGUCGAGUCGUCUACCGGUGAUCGGGAUGGUAGUCUGAAGCGAUUGUCCGGCGAGAUCGUCGCGCAGACGAUCAGGGUGACCGAGGACAAGGUGGCUGAGGUCAAGCGGAGGGCCGAGGAAGCCGUGUUAGAAGUGAAGAGAGCCGCGGUGGCGGAAAUGCAACGUGCUGUGGCGGUUGCGGUGGCAGAGUCGAGAGCGAAUGAGCGUUUGAGGGUGCAUCGGUUACUGGAUCUGCCUCUUUCCCAGAGGAACCACAGCAAUCUCCGUCAAGGAUCUUUCCUGAGGGUUCACGGGAGCUCGAGCGCGGUCGAGACCAGCGCUAGGAAUGUGACGACGCCGACAACCACGCCGAACUCGGCGGCGUCGACCACCGAAGAUGAGAAGGACGUUCACCUCACCAGCAUGAUGGGAUCCAGCUGCUGGAACUGCGGUAGGCCCGCCCUAGAGACCUGCGGCGGCUGCGGAAUCGCCCGGUACUGCGGCUCUUUUUGCCAGCACCGCGACUGGGAGGCUGGCCACCACGCGACUUGCAACAAUCCGCCGCCGCGCGAACCACGAAGAUCGUCCUCGCGCAGUCCGCCGAGGGUCGCCGCUGCGAAUCUCCCCGCGGCUGUCAACGAGGUCGAGCCCGUGCCGGCAUCCGCCGGCAUCUCGAAGGGGAAGUGACGUCGUGGUGCUAGGAACAACCUGGGUCUGCGAUCAGCCAGAUCGAUCGACCACGAGUCGCGUUGACCGUGCGCGCGUUUCCACGAGGACUUUCCGCUGUGAAAGAUGGAUGAAUUGAAACGAAUCGAGAGAAAUCGAUUCCUGUGAAAUUGAAUACCUGACCUUCGAAA